AUGUUUCGGAUCGGCGGUGAUGACAUGUCGGUCGACAGUGAUCUUCCAUUUUUGGGUCCAAGACACACCAUGGAGCUUCAAGAACUCACCAGAAAACCCAAACGUCAAGGGUCAAUGACGCUCGGUGAGCUCUUACAGCUAGUCGGCGACUCCACCGGUUGCUCGCCGGAGUACCAUAUUCUUGAUCUUAAUGAUCCAGUCUCUGGACCCACAUCAUACCCUUUUGUUCUUUCCUUCAAAAACCUUACAUACAGCGUCAAAGUUCAAAGGAAAAUGUCAAUUCCUUCGUGUUUCAGGUCGGCAAGUAUGCAUGAAUCACCGGACGCUAUGAUUCAUAUGGCUCGCACGAAGGUGCUAUUAAAUGACAUCUCCGGCGAAGCGAGGGAAGGAGAGAUCAUGGCGGUUCUUGGGGCUAGUGGGUCCGGAAAAUCAACGUUGAUUGAUGCACUUGCCGAUCGUAUUGCUAGAGAAAGCUUGAAGGGAACAGUGACUUUAAACGGUGAGAUUUUGGAGUCUAGGCUUCUUAAGGUGAUAUCAGCUUAUGUUAUGCAAGAUGAUUUGUUGUUUCCGAUGUUAACCGUGGAAGAGACGCUCAUGUUCUCGGCGGAGUUCAGGUUACCUCGAACUCUAUCAAAGUCGAAGAAGAAAGCAAGAGUCCAAGCUUUGAUCGAUCAAUUAGGCCUGAGAAAUGCGGCCAAGACAGUGAUCGGAGACGAAGGCCAUAGAGGAGUUUCCGGCGGCGAAAGACGUCGAGUUUCGAUCGGAAUUGAUAUCAUUCACGACCCAAUUGUCUUGUUUCUUGAUGAACCCACAUCGGGGCUUGAUUCCACUAGUGCAUAUAUGGUGGUGAAGGUCUUACAGAGGAUAGCUCAAAGCGGAAGCAUUGUGAUCAUGUCAAUUCAUCAACCCAGUUACAGAAUUCUCAGCUUGCUCGACCGUUUGAUCUUUCUUUCUCGAGGACAUACGGUUUACAGUGGCUCGCCGUCCGGUCUGCCUGAGUUCUUUGCUGAGUUCGGAAACCCAAUUCCAGAAAACGAGGAUCGAACUGAGUUUGCUCUUGAUUUCAUUCGAGAGCUCGAAGGCACUCAUGGUGGAACCAAAAAUUUGGCUGAUUUCAACAAGUCAUGGCAAAAAAAAAAUAACCCUCGAAUCAACACAUCCACUGGGCCAAAACUCUCUCUCAAAAACGCCAUAAGUGCAAGCAUUUCAAGAGGAAAGCUAGUCUCUGGAGCAACAAACGUAGACUCCAACCUCUCAUCUUCUGUCCCAAGGUUUGCCAAUCCUCUUUUAAUUGAAAUGAUUGUGAUCGGCAAAAGAUCACUGAAAAACUCAUGGCGAUCACCAGAGCUCUUUGGAAUCCGAUUAGGCGCUGUCAUGGUGACCGGCAUAAUCUUAGCCACCAUGUUCUGGAAGCUUGAUAAUUCCCCAAAAGGCAUUCAAGAAAGACUUGGGUUUUUCGCCUUUGCUAUGUCAACAAUAUUCUACACUUGUGCAGAGGCCAUUCCAGUCUUUCUUCAAGAACGAUACAUCUUCAUGAGAGAGACUGCUUAUAAUGCAUAUCGCCGUUCAUCAUAUGUUCUUGCUCACUCUAUCAUCUCCAUUCCUUCUUUACUAUUCCUUUCAUUUUCAUUUUCUGCAAUUACCUUCUGGGCUGUGGGUCUCUCCGGCGGGUUUUCCGGGUACUUGUUCUUCUUCUUCUUCACUUUCGCCUCGUUCUGGGCCGGAAGCUCCUUCGUGACAUUCCUUUCUGGUAUUGUCUCUCAUGUGAUGUUGGGUUACACUGUUGUGGUCGCCAUUUUAGCCUACUUUCUCCUCUUCAGUGGCUUCUUCAUCAGCAGAGAUCGAAUCCCUCCUUACUGGCUAUGGUUCCAUUAUGCUUCUCUAGUAAAGUAUCCGUACCAAGGAGUGUUGCAAAACGAGUUUGAUGAUCCGGCCAAGUGUUUUGUCAGGGGAAUUCAGGUAUUCGAUAAUUCGCCAUUAGGGGCUGUUCCCAACUCGGUAAAGCUUCAGCUAUUGAAGACGAUGAGCCAUACUUUGGGCACCAACAUUACUAGCUCGACAUGCCUGACCACAGGACUGGAUAUACUGAAGCAAACUGGGGUGACUGAUAUAAACAAAUGGGGUUGCUUGUGGAUCACUGUUGCUUUGGGGUUUUUCUUCAGACUUAUGUUUUACUUUACUUUGUUGUUUGGAAGCAAGAACAAGAGGAGGUAA